AUGGAUCGCAUGCUCAACAGUGGUUACGGGCGUGCCAAAAGGACACCCCGGGUGACUUCAGCUUGUCAGCGAUGUCGCCGACACAAGCUGAAAUGCGAUAGCGAACGACCAUGCGCGUUGUGCAUUCGAUCCGGGGUCCCUUGCAUCUCCGAAAACCGCCCCACGUACAGAAAACGUAGGGGAGUCAAUCGGAAUGGGAUCAACAGGCCGGACCAGCCUCCUCCGGACAGGUCAGGUCCUGCAGGACGCUUGCUUGGGAGUCUCGAGGUAGCCCUCCAGAGCAAUGAGAUUGUCACACCAGAAGCCGACACGGAUACCCCUCAGCACCUUGCUGGGGCUAAUCAUGAUCCUGGGAAUCAAAAUGCAAGUUGGUUUGAUAGCAAUGCUCGGAUUUCUUCAGCGGGCAUGACCCAGGAGAUCAUUGAUCAAUUUAGUCCAAAAACUAUACUUGGAAGCUCAACUUCCGCGUUGCCUGGAGGCUCAAAGCCAGAUGAAGUCUCGAGAGAUCCACUGGAUUGCUCAAUAUCAGUCCGAGAUGCCUUGAACUUUGAUUUCCCGCCUAAGCCCGUGGCAGAUUUCCUGUUGGAAACAUACCUUGGUGCCGUGCACUGGUUCAUGAUGGUGUUUCACCAGCCGACGUUUCGCUGUCAGUAUGAGGCUAUUCUCACCGGCAAAAGGUAUAAUAAGUCACAAUCAAAUAAGUUGAUUAUGAUCCUGCUUGUACUCUCGUUGGGUGCACAUUAUACCACAGAAGAUCGCGUCAGAGCCCAUUGCGCAACAUUUGAUCUUGAGGACUUUCGAAAACGAUCGCUCGCCAAAGUGGAAGAGUGUCUUUUGAAUUUGCUUGACAGCGCAAACGUAGAAUCCGUCCAAGUCUGCGUGAUUUUAGGCUCUUUCUAUCUUUAUCAUGGGCGACCCAACUUGGCGUUUGUGGUCCUUGGAGCAGGUAUUAGGUGCAGCCAAAUAAUGGGUCUAUAUAAAGAAUUCUCGUGGCGCGGUGUGUCUGAAAUUGAGAAAGAAGAACGACGUAGAACAUUUUGGGCACUAUACGUGUUUGACCGAUUUGCUUCAAUCGUCUAUGGAAAGCCGUGUUCCAUUCAAAGAGAGGAAAUCGAUGUGAAUAUGCCACAGAAUUUGGGCGACACGAUAAUUCAACACCCUCUGUUCCACACCGUGACUACCAUGCCCGAUGGCAUUACAGAGCCCGUGACGACUUUUACAUAUGUAAAAUUCAAGAUCAGGUUGUACCAAAUCGCAUCUCCGAUUGUAACCGAUGUCUACAUUCACAAAAACACGGAUCUAAACAGCUUGGCGACGAAAGUCAUAAAGAUUGAUAAGCAGCUGCGAAAGUGGUUCACAAGUCUUCCUCCUGAACUAAAGCUCGAGCAAGUAUCCAAACAGGGCAUAAAAGAGCCAACACAAGAUGCUCGGUUGUUCAUGCUGCAAGCACUAGCUCUUCAACUUGCCUAUGAUAAUGUUCAAAUUCUGCUACAUCGACCAUUCCUUUCACAAAAUACGCAGAGUUUGGCCAUGGGGCCCAGUGGAGUAAGGAAUACUUGUGAAGAACCCAUAGCCACGAGCCCACUGAGUUCAUGCAGAUCAACCUCAAUGCAACCCCACGGAACACAGAGCGCACUCUUGACAAGUAAGGAUUACUGCUGGGAAUCAGCCAUCCAAUCCUCGAAUCUGGGACUUUACGGUCAAUGUCUUGAAUAUGCACGUGAAACACAUGCGGCUGCCUUUUUGGGGAUUAACCUCUUCACGGCAAGCAUGGUACUCUGCGUGUUUGCCUUAUCAAAUCCAAUAUCCACGCAGGCGCAACUAGCAAAACAAGCGGUGACGCGAAUAAUGUCCCUUUCACGGUUUCUUGCCCAUCGGUCUAUUCUGUCAGGCCAGACAAAUCAAGUACUGAGGGACUUGGUUAAUCUGAUCCUUGAAAAGGAGAGGAGAGUUAUUCUUUCUGAGGAUAAAGAUGCCCCUCCCUUUCGUUCUAGCUAUAACCAGGCAGUAUCUACUUCCAGGGAUAUAAUUCCCAUGAAUACUGGAUUACCAUCACAACCUGAAAGCUUUGAAAGGCUACGAGAUAACGAUGUGGUUGCCCAGUCUCCUUACAAUGAACAAAAUCCUGCCCUAGCUACACCUAUCGUUCAGGAUCCAAUAAACGAAAUUCACAACAUCCCAGAUUUCGGGAAUUUGGACUUUGAUGAUGGUAUUUCAACAUUGCAAGAAGCCAUGUUUCCCGCAGUUCAAACACAAGAACCAUGGAACAUCCAAUCCGACAUGGGCAUUUCUUCGGGCCCGUUACAGUCCGGAGAUCGAAUCAUGAACUCAGACAUUGAUGUCACGAAUUCUAUUUGGCAGACAUGGCUAUGGAAUCCAUUCCCAGAGUCAUACAGGGGUUGA